AUGAAAAUGCAGAGUAAAUCGUCAUCAUUACAAUCAGAGCAUCUUUCUGGUACUCGCCAUCAACAUCGUAAUCAUUACAUACAUCAUAAACAUGGAGAACACUUUCUUAGAUUACCGUAUUACAUUUUAUUAGUAGCGUUAUUCUUAUCUUUAUACUUUCUAGCAACAUCUCUUAUCAUGGAUGAUAAUUUAUUUGCAAAAAAUCAAUCAGCUAAAGAUUUAGCUCAACAAAUAUUCAAUAUACUUGCAAUAGGAACAAUUCUAAUUGCAAUGAUAAUUGAUGUGAUACAAUUUUUCAUAAUUAAUAAAUAUCAAAAAUUAUGUACAAAAUGUUUAUUUGGUCUCAUAAUUCUAAGUUUUAUUUUAGCAAUGACUGCAGCAACAUUGGCUAAUAUUAAUUCUCAGUUUUAUGAAACCAGAAAAAUACCUCAUCCAUCAACAUGUUUAUUAGCUGGAAGUGCAAUUACUUUCCUAACAUUUUUAAUUGCAAUUGUUCCUUGUCUUGAACGACAAUUAGAUUAA